ACACCUUGCUGCUGGUGAGCAGCAUAGCUUGGUCUCACCAUCUCUAGUGUCCAUAUAGGACAGCUCAAUCGCAGCCGACCUUGGCUCAUCUCUCGUACACGAUGUCCUGGAACAAUGACCAAACUCCACCGCCACAACAACAGUGGAAUCAACCACCUCAGCAGCAGCAGCAGCAGCAGCAGCAGCAGCAAUGGGGUGCUACACCACCUCAGCAAGGGUACGGCGCUCCAUUUCAGCAGGGAUAUGGUGGUCCACCACCGCAAAAUGGAGGUCAAUGGGGAGCGCCCUCGCAGCAACAGCAGCAGCCAUACGGUGCUUCGUAUCAGAGCUAUGAUCAGCAGCCUCCGCAAGGCCAAUAUGGAGGUCCACCCCCACAAAGCUACGGUGCUCCUGCACCUACACCUUAUCAUGGUCCUCCAUCUCAUCAAGACAGUCAUUACACAACGCCGCAGUAUAACGCUGGACCGCCGAAUCAAGGUCCGUAUGGUGGACCACCUCCAAACCAAAAUCAGUCCUACGGUGUACCUCCCGCUAUGGCUCCAGCUCCUCCCCAGAAUUUCAGUGGAUCUCAAUUUGGAGCUCCAGGACCAGCUCCUCCAGCCAAUGGGUCGAGGUAUCUUGGAGUCAGUAUUCCUGCUCCUCCGCCCGCUCCCCCUCUCGGUAAUUUACAAGGGUAUGAUCCACGAUUUGACGCCGAGAGAAUUCGAAAGGCUACAAAGGGCUUUGGGACAGACGAAAGGACCAUUAUCGACACUAUGGCCCCAUUGGAUGCGUUCCAGAUGGAUCUUCUGGUCCGGACAUACGAGCAGACGAUUGGUCGAUCGUUGCAGAAAACCUUGGAGAAGGAAUUGUCCGGAUGGCUUGAAUACACCCUUGUUCUGCUGUCGAUGGGGCCACUCGGGGGUGAUGUACAUCUCUUGCAUAGAGCGUGCCAAGGAGCUGGAACUCAUGAAGAUCUGUUGAACGAGAUUCUGCUGGGCCGCUCAAAUGAGGAGAUGUUCCUCUUGAAGCAGGAAUACCAACGGGUUCACCAAAAGGAUCUUACUCAAGAGGUUAGGGGAGAGCUCAGUAUGAAGACUGAGAGGAUGUUCAACAUGGCUCUUAGCGGACAAAGGGACGAGAACCCAUAUGUUAAUCACCAAUUGGUUCAAGAUGAUGUACAAACAUUGUACCGCGCAGGCCCAGGCAAGAUUGGCACGGAUGAGAUAGCCAUUUGCGGCAUUCUCCUUUCAAGAUCCGAUGCACAUCUUCAGGCUAUCGCAACGGCAUUUCCUCAACAGCAUCGUGUCAGCCUAUCUCACAUGAUAUCGUCUGAGUUCUCCGGACACAUGCGCGACGCGCUGCACUACAUUGCACGAGGAGCCGAGAUGGACGGACAAGGCGUUUCUCGCGACGCCGAGCUCCUCGAAGCAUCAAUGGCCGGCGCAGGCACCAAGGAUGAGCGAAUGAUCUACCGGAUUGUUCGGAAUCACUGGAACCGACCACGUUUCAAUGCCAUCAAGAAUCAGUACCAGACUACUCAUCAUCGAUCGCUCAGACACCGCGUAGAAGGCGAGACAACUGGGAAGUAUGAAAAGGCUCUGGUGGCGAUCAUCGAGCAGAACUAGGCAGGUCUAAUAGCCAAGACACACGAAGGACUUGUGACCGGGCUUUUUCUUUCUUGAGAAAUGACGCUCUGAUGAUGGCUUCAUGACAAACGAAGUUCGAGAGCUCGA